UUAGCUGGGGCCUUCUCUCUCUCUCUCUCUCUCUCGGUUCUGUUUCCCACUUGUCAUUGUCUUCUGAUUUCCGAUUCGAUUGGGUCCGUCCGCCGAGGAGUAUUUUUAUUUGAAGAAUUUUUCCUUCAAUUUUCUCUUUGACCGAAUCUUCAGUUGUUCGAUCGGAAAUGGACUGGACGAGUGAUAACGAAGUUAACGAGGAGUUCGAGUGGGACAGCGACGACGAGCCGACGGCUGCAGCGAAUCCUCCUACUCUGCCUUCUGAAGACAUUCUUGGUCCAUCCAACAAGGCUUGUGAUGCUGGUCCUUCUCGCCCUGCGCUGGCUUCUCACUUUAUGGGGAUGGGAUUUUCUGAAGAUAUGGUGUUGAAAGCCAUCAAGGAAAACGGAGAAGGAGAUUCUGAAGCUAUACUAGAAACACUGCUUACAUAUGCGGCUAUAGAAAAAUCACCUGGAAAGCUUGAUCAUUCUCCUAGUGAUUGUUCUUUAGCAAGCUGGGGAAACAACUUGGAUGAUGAUGAUGAUCUAUGUGAUGUUGAUGACUUUGAAGAUGAGGAGUUCAAUAUGGAUCUUUCUGCAGAAGAUAAGAAGUUGUUGACCCUAGUGGAGAUGGGGUUUUCCACCAAAGAGGCAUCUGCAGCCAUUCAUAGAUGUGGUCCAAAUUCUUCUAUUUUGGAGCUAGCAGAUUCCAUACAUGCUGCUGAGAUAGCGGAAAAUUUUGAGAGUCAUUUGGAAGAAUCAACUUACACCAAAGAUGAGCCUGGAAAUUAUAUUUAUGAUUGUUCAAGAGGUAAGAAAAGGGGGCUUGCAGAGGAAACAAGCAGCAAAAAAAGACGUUUUUUAACUGAGAAUGAGUCUUCUAUGAUCUCUAUUCCCAAGCCAAUGGUUGGAUAUGGCAUUCCAAAUCAAAGAAUGCCUAAAAUAUGCAGAAAGCUACCUGAGUCAGCCAUUGGUCCACCAUAUUUUUACUAUGAGAAUGUGGCCCUGGCACCAAAAGGAGUGUGGGAAACUAUCUCACGCUUCUUAUAUGACAUUGAGCCAGAAUUUGUGGAUUCAAAGUACUUCUGUGCUGCUGCAAGGAAAAGGGCGUAUGUUCACAACCUCCCCAUCCAUGACAGAUUUCCUCUUCUUCCGAUUCCUCCUAAAACCAUCCAUGAAGCACUCCCAUUAACAAGAAAGUGGUGGCCUUCCUGGGAUACCAGGACACAGUUUAACUGCUUGCAAACUUGCAUUGCUAGUGCAAAACUAACAGAGAGAAUCAGGAAAGAGCUUGAAAAUUAUGAUGACAUACCAUCUUUAAAGACACAACAGUAUGUUCUUAAUGAAUGUCGAAAAUGGAAUUUAGUUUGGGUGGGACGACAUAAAGUUGCUCCACUAGAACCAGAUGAAAUUGAAAUGCUUCUAGGAUUUCCUAGAGAUCACACAAGAGGGGGUGGUAUUAGCAGGACUGAAAGAUACCGAUCUCUUGGGAAUUCAUUUCAAGUAGAUACAGUGGCUUACCAUUUGUCAGUUCUGAAGGAUAUGUUUCCAAAUGGUAUAACACUUCUCUCACUGUUUUCCGGUAUUGGGGGAGCUGAAGUUGCUCUCCACCGGUUGGGAAUACAUCUGAAGACGGUUGUUUCUGUGGAAAUUUCAGAAGUAAAUAGAAAUUUACUAAAAAGUUGGUGGGAGCAGACAAACCAAACAGGGACUUUGAUUGAGCUUGUUGAUGUCCAACAGCUUAGCAGUGAUAAGAUUGAGCAGUUGAUCAGCACUUUUGGUGGUUUUGAUUUGGUAGUUGGUGGCAGUCCUUGUAAUAACCUCACAGGAAGCAACCGUCACCAUCGAGAUGGGCUUGAGGAUUUGAACUCAGCAUAAACUGGAUCAAUAUUGUCAUGGAGUAUCAGUCACAGGAUCCUUAUAGUAAAGAAUUUUCCAGUGGACUGAGGAAGGAAGCUUGUGAUUAGAAUGACACAAAAAGUUGCUAUUGUUGCAACAAUAUAUCAGUAUAUAAUGGGAUAGGAUGUUGCUGGUGCAAGGUGAAUAUUUUUAUAUUGUUAUAGCUGUUCAACAUGAGCAUGGGAUGUGUAGUGCUCAGAGAAAAAAAAAAAAGAGAUCACAACUUCCAAUGAGGAUGGCAAACGUUUAAAAAGGCAACGGUUUAUAAGAAUGAUUUCUCAUGUGUUUAGAAAUUUGUAUAACAGAAUUAUUUCCACUUUUAUCUAACAUUAUUAACUGUGCAGGUUUACAUCUGUGUAUGUACUGGUGUUGCAUUUCCACUUUUAUUUGACAUUAUUGAUGGUUUUACUAUAAGUUUUGUUCUCUAAUCUACUCACGGUUGUCAUAUGGGGAUCAUUGUCUUUAAAUGGUAGUUUGAACUUGCAGAAUGUUAACAGAAAGGGUUUUAUGGUUGAGAUUGUCUAGAUAUUAGAAGAAUGCUGAAGAAGCUUAUAAUUAUGUUAUGCAAAAGCCUGUUGUAGAGUGCAUGUUUUCGUUGUUUCUUGUGUCUAUUCUUUCAGGGUUUUUCUUGAUUGCAAAAUUUAUCAGAUUUGUCCCGGUGAGGCCUGAAGAACCAUGAAAAGAUAAUUCAUAACCAGACUUAGGUCUCAGCAGCUGGCAAGCAAGCCAUGUCAUAUAUAGAUGGGCAGUUGACACCCUAAAUGGUGGCAAUUGAGAGAACCUAAGCCCCAGUGAACAUUUAAGACACUGCCUAUCUGUAUUUGUUUUGGCCCAUCUUUUGGCUUUAUUUGAGCAAUGACUUCAUAAUUCAAUUUACAUUUUUCUUGCUCUAGUUUCCAAUUUAUACCAUCAACAAAAUAUUAUACUUGUCAUAUGUUGGAAUGCAUGUUUAGCUCUCAGAUUUGGUGUGAUGAAUGACAUCAAAUCUGCAUCUAUGCUUUUCAUUCAUGAACUGUAUUCUAUGUCUGAAAUUAAUAUUUUGUUUGGGUUCUAGCUCCCAUGUUGUUGUCAGAAUUCUCAGUCAUUUCAAUAUUUGUUAUAUUUCAUCUUGACAUACUGAAUAUAUGCAAAAAGUCAGUCCUACAUAUGUACACUUAACUGCAAUUAUAUUUUAAUCAUAAGUUUCAUCUCCAGAUAUUCCUCUUACAUUUCUUAUAGUUGUUAAUGCAUCUGCAAUGGAAAGAUAGAUAUAUUCUAGAGCUAUGUUCACCAGAUUCCUUUUCCCUGCCCUGCCCUAGAAUAUGUAGUUUCUUGAUUCUGGUACUACGAGAAAGUUCCAAGUCUCAGGACAUCACAAGCCUAUCUGACCACCUGAAUAAGCAAAUUAGAGACUUAAAAUCAUCGAUUUUAAGACCAAGUUAUCUGAUUGCUUAAUUCUCUGAUUACGCAGAUUGAGACAUGCUUAGCCUCCAAUUGCUUUGUGAUUUUGCAUCUGCUAUUUUCCUGUAGAACUGUGUUUAAAAUGUUUGCUACUAAUCAAAAUCAC